UUUCUUGGAUUCAUAGUUUCUUUUGGAUGGAAGAGAGUUAGUUAGCAUUUAUGAAUUAGUUUGGAUAUGUUAUCAUCUACUUUUUAUGAUAUUUAUCAAUAUAUAUAUGACAUAAAUGCCUGCACCAUUACCUAAUCCAUUAGGGGGACGAGACUGAGCAAUUAAAGCAUUUUCUUCUUUUUUUUUGGAGCGCGUGAACGAAAAAUGACGAACUACGGCACCAUUCCGACGUCGUCUCAUCCAUCUCCCCCGAUCGAUCUCGAGUACAUCUCACGCGCCAAACACCGCAUCAAAUCAGGUCUCGCCACGCGCCGCCCAUGGAAACUAAUGUUCGAUCGCGAGUCCAUGACCUUCCCCCACGGCUUCUUCGACGCGAUCUCGAGGAUCAAAACCAACCUCGCCUACUUCAGAGCCAACUACGCCGUCGCCGUCCUCGUCGUCCUCUUCCUGAGCCUCAUCUACCACCCGACGUCGCUCCUCGUCUUGGCCGUCCUCGUCGUCUUCUGGAUCUUCCUCUACUUCCUCCGCGACGAGCCUCUCGUGGUUUUUAACCAUCAGAUCGACGAUCGGACGGUCAUGAUCUGUCUCUCGGUGCUGACCGUCGUUACGCUUUUGUUCACGCACGCGACGGCGAAUAUUCUCGGAGCGGUGUUGACCGCCGCCGUGUUGGUUUUGAUCCACGCGGCGGUUAGGAGGAGUGAUAAUCUGUUCUUAGACGAGGAUGCUGUGGCGGCGAGUGAAUAUUCGGGGCUGACGUCAUACCCUUCGUCAUAAAAACCAAACACGAACUUCUUGUUCUUCUUUUGUAGUAUGUUUUACUGUCUGAAACACGAGAACGUUUUUCUGCUCUGUUCAGUUUGUUGGCAAUGUGUUUUUGUCGGUUAAUUACUUUAUUGUAGUGAUUAAUACAUCAUCAGUACGUAACCAUCUCACUAAUCUCUGAGGCUAACUUCUCUACCGGUAAUAACUCGAGUAGUUUUGUGAUUGAGAAACAUAAGUACAAUUUGUUAGCAAUGUGUUUGAUUGGUUAAUUACUUUAUCUAGUCAUAGUAUCAUCAUCUGACUGAUUUCUGACUUCAAUCGAUAAUAACAUGACUACAUGAGUGGUUUUGUGUGA